GACAAAGCAGCAGCGCCUUACUACCUUACCUACUGCAGGACCCCGACAUGCCGCGUCUGGCAACACCACCGACUAAAAAGCAAACGUGGCCAUUGAAUAAGUCAAACUAACCAUUGUGCGUGACAUUGCUGAGGACUGAAUCAUGAGCUUUACAGCAUAUCUGUACCAUAGGAAUAUUAUGCAAAUGACAGGGCGAACAACAGCCCAUACGAUCGAGACUUGGGUGUGGAUUACAUGCAGCUUGUAGACAGACUCGGACCUAGAUUUUCCUGGCACCACAGCUGCCAACCGAUUGUCGCCAUGGUCCUCUUCACGACACCAUUCUGAGUCACAGCACCUAACAUCAACACAACAGCACACGCGUUAUUUUCCGAGCUGGCCAAACUGGGCUAUGAAAACAUGGUCGACGGGGCAACUGAAGCCAAUCAUCUCAUAAUUGUCUGUGGCCAUGGCAUUUGGCAAGGAGGACCACAGCAUGGCCACAAUGAAGCCGAGUGGCUGAUUGAAAGCUACAAACGCGGCGAGACGUCCACCUUUAUCGAGCAUAUCAAGGCCGGUCUAAAGGCUCUAGCACAGGAUAGCCGCGCAGUACUGGCGUUUUCCGGAGGCCCAACAUGGAAGGAGACGCGCCUCUCCGAGGCCCGGAGCUACGCAAACCUUGCCGCUGCGAACGACUAUUUCGGUUGCAUCCCUCCUACAGGAGAAACCGCUGAAGCGCAUCCGCUGUCUCCGAUUCCGCUUUCUACCCGCAUAAUUGUCGAGGAGCAGGCUUUGGACUCGUACUACAACGUCCUCUUUGCCAUCAUUGCCUUUUGGAGAAAAUUUCAAACCUGGCCCGAGAAGCUCACGGUAGUCAGUCAUGCCUUCAAGAAGGCCCGCAUAGUCGAAGCUCACUGCUCUGCCAUCGGGUUUCCAAUUGAGCAUGUCAACUACAUUGGCAUCAACCCACCUAACCUUCCACCAUGGCUUCUGGCGGCACAAGAUCUUCCCAUAUCCGCUGUCUUGCCGGACAACAAUACCACAACAGGCACCGAUGAUGAGAAGAGUAAGGAGGAAAAGGCGAAUAUGAUGCGGGGUGUUGCAGAAGUUAUUGGGCAAUGGAUUGAGGACCCCCAUGGCACUGGGGAUGCGCUGGCUGGAAAGCGAAAGGCGCGUAAUCCCUGGGGUGUGAGCCAAAAGCUCUUCUCCAGCGAUGAUGAGAGGGCUAGGAGCGGACUUGGAACCGUGUUCCUGAUUGAUGGAACAGAAGCGCUUGCUUCCACCCCCACAGGAAUAGCUUGGACGAAACGCUAAGCUACACAAAUACCGUAGGUAUGAGGCUACGGCACUCGCUACUAAUUUGGUAGUAAUCAUAUCUUAGAUACAGUUUCUCCACUCUUGCCCGACUGUCUGGGUCCCUCGGUUCUAGUGCUCUCGACGAGGAAUUGAACGGCGUCAGUAAUCAUGCCCGGGCUGAAUUCAUGGCCGGCACCUGCAUAAACGCGGUCGUCAAAUACAACGUCCAACUCGGA